GUGGAAAUAAUAAUAAUAAGAAACUACAGAAAGCUGCCGUGUGUUGACCCCCAAAUCUGCCACCUAUUUCACCAGCCGCCGUCUCCCUCGCGCCUCCAUACACUCUCCUAAACUCAUGGAGAUUCUUCCAUGAAUAAAAAUUAAAUUUCCUUAAGCAAUCUCAGAUCACUAUCAAUCAAUCAAUCGAUCAACCAACCAUGCCGUGGUUCAGGAAUUUCAUCCACCUAGUUAAACAAUCGCCGCCGCAGCGCAAACCGGCGUCGCUGCUGGCCCAUUCUCCUCCGUCUCUGACGCAAUUGCUGCGGCAUUUCAGCAGCACCCAAAUCUCGAGCAACCAUCCGGGCUCCCGGCCGACCAAGGGCGGCGAGAAGCCGAGAGUGGUGGUGGUGGGCACGGGAUGGGCCGGCUGCAGGCUCAUGAAGGAUAUUGACACUAAUAUCUAUGACAUUGUCUGCAUCUCGCCGAGAAAUCACAUGGUCUUCACUCCUCUCCUGGCGUCCACGUGCGUCGGCACGCUCGAAUUCCGGUCCGUCGCUGAGCCACUCGGCCGGAUCCAGCCCGCCAUCUCCCGGGAGCCCGGUUCUUUUUUCUUCCUCGCUAAUUGCAUGGAGGUCGAUUUUCAGAAUCACCAGGUUCACUGCCAAACUGUAACCGAAGGUGUUGAUACCUUGGAGCCGUGGGACUUCACAGUCGCAUAUGACAAACUAGUAAUUGCAUCUGGUGCAGAGGCGUCCACGUUUGGCAUCAAGGGUGCAAGAGAACAUGCGACCUUUCUUCGUGAAGUCUAUCAUGCCCAGGAGAUCCGCAGGAAACUGCUGCUGAAUCUGAUGUUGUCGGAUGUCCCAGGAGUAACUGAGGAAGAGAAGCGGAGGCUCCUGCAUUGUGUUGUAGUUGGAGGCGGUCCAACAGGAGUUGAAUUUAGCGGUGAACUUAGCGACUUCAUCAAGAAGGAUGUUCAGCAAAGAUAUUCUCACGUGAAGGAUUAUAUUCAUGUUACAUUGGUUGAGGCAAAUGAGAUACUGUCAUCCUUUGACGACCGCCUUAGAGUGUAUGCAAUUAAGCAGUUGACUAAGUCAGGAGUCAAUUUUGUCCGUGGAAUAGUGAAGGACGUCCAGCCGGAUAAAAUAGUUCUCAAUGAUGGUACUGAUAUCCCAUAUGGGGUUUUGGUGUGGUCCACAGGGGUCGGUCCUUCGUCGUUUGUCAAGAGCCUCGAACUUCCUAAAGCCGCUGGAAGGAUUGGGAUUGAUGAAUGGCUACGAGUGCCUUCGGUGCAGGAUGUGUUUGCCAUUGGGGACUGCAGUGGGUUUCUUGAAAGCACGGGGAAGAGUGUUCUUCCAGCGUUAGCCCAGGUAGCAGAGAGACAGGGGAAGUAUCUGGCGCAAGUGUUGAACAACGUGGGGAAGAGUGGCGGGGGACGGGCUAAUAGUGCAACGGGGUUGGAUUUGGGGGAGGCUUUUGUGUACAAGCAUCUAGGGAGCAUGGCGACAAUAGGGAGGUACAAGGCCCUGGUGGAUCUGAGGCAGAGCAAGGAGGCGAAAGGGGUGUCGAUGGCCGGAUUCAGCAGCUUUUUUAUAUGGCGGUCGGCGUAUCUGACUCGGGUUAUAAGCUGGAGGAACAGAUUCUAUGUGUUUUUCAACUGGGUUACCACCUUGGUGUUUGGUCGUGACAUUAGCCGGCUUUGAUUCUCCCAUAUUACAUGUAUUCUAUUAUAUAUGCCUAUUUUGCUAAUAUCAAAAGCUCUUUUAUUUCUCUUUCUCUAAUAAAAGUGUUCAUCUUUAUGUCUUUUUUGUUUUGUUA